GGAUCCACAUUUAUUCUAACAAUAUAUACAGCAACUGCCUUUUUCAUCGGAGAGGAUGCCAUUGUGGCAGCAUCUUCAAUUUCUAACACACUUGACAGUGAGGACAGCAGUCCAUGAAUAUGAAUCUUAUGGAUUCGCUUUCUUACUGAGUAGCUGCCGAAGAUUACAGAUUCUAACCAUUGAAAUAGUCCCUGGAAGAAUAUUCCCUGAUUAUGCGCCACCAUCUGAGCUUCGAGGUAACAAUGUAUUCUGGAGGCAACAGGAACCGGUUUCCCCCUGUAUGAUAGAAACCCUAAGGAUAGUGGAGAUGAAGGGCGUUGGAGGGGAACCUAAUGAACUGCUACUUGUAAAAUACCUGCUUCGCCAUGGCCAUGUCAUGGAGACAUUAAAUAUCAUUCUGAAGAAGCAAAUGGGUCAUGGAGACGCUGAUACUGAAUCGAAUUCUCGAUCGUGGGCAGAAAUGUUGCAAUAUUAUGCAAGAGCCUCUUCUGGGCUGCAGAUAUUGAUUUCAUAAAUGGGAUCGAGAACCAGUAAUUAGUUAUUAAUAUUAUUUGCUCAAUCAUGUUAUUGUAAUUUUUUCAUGAAUUUUCUC